AUGUCUUUCCCCACCGGUAACUUUGCACGAUGGCAAGGCUGGGAAAUGAAUCGUUCCAUUGCCGCCAGUACGUCAACCCCAGGAGAUCUGAUCUCAUCGGAUGUUACGGAUUCCAACUUGCUUCGACACAUGCUGCAAUUUGGAGACUCCAAUGGAGCCAAGAAAGUGUCCUUGCGGGAUGACGAGGAUGAUAAUGACAAUGACAACACCUCGAGCAGUGAUUCGAGCAUGGCACCCAAACAUGGAGUCGAGCGCCCAUCAUUCAUGUGUGAUGGGGUGUAUCUGCCCCCGCCAACGCUUCAGCGCAACGUCAAUCGCACCGAAUCAAAACUUUAAGAUCUGACACAUCAAGACAAUGCAAAUGGCUGGGCGCUAGCUGCCCUGGCCAUCAAGUGACACAAGAUCGACGAACCAAGCAAUCCCACCAUUGGGUGCAGCAAUCCACGCAGUGGCUAUCCUCCUGAGGACUGCAUUGAUCUAUGUCCAUUCAGAGUCACGAACUUGCAUGUCUUUGCAAUUGGGACAUCGAAAGAGAAGAAAACAUCUCUUGAUCGCAGCCAAUACAUAGCAAGCACAAUUGUAACAAAUAGCUCUACACAAAAUAGCAAACAAGCUCUCUAUUUUCGUGGCUGCAGCUGUUGCCUUUGCC